AUGAUUCAUAAGUAAAUAUAUUGCUUGAGAAUUAAGUAAAUCAAUUAAAUAUAACCUAUCAGAGCCUUAUCUAAAAAGGAAAUUAACCAUUAUCAUUAUAAAAUUAGUUAUAGUUAUUAAUUAUUGUUAUAACAGAAAUUACACUAUUCUUAUAUUUAUACAGAGCGUAGAAAAAAUCUAAAAAAUGAUGAAUUAUUAAGAAUUUUAAUAAUAAAUUCAUUUNGUUUAUCGUGCUUUUCCAAUUUGGCUUUGAUUCUUUAUGAAAACCCUUUUGAAAAUAAAAAGAUCCUAAUUUAAACAGCCAUUCCAGACAUGUGCAUAUUCAUAAUUAUUUUCUUGACUGUUGUCUUAGCUAUUCAUGAUGUUAGCUAGAUAUUAACAUUUGAUGAAAAGUAUAUGUUAGGCUGGAUUAUUCUAUUUUUCAUAGGCUUCUCUAUAUUUGUACAACUAAUUUUCCUGUUUAAGCAAUUUUAUGAGGAUAUGAAAGAAAGAUAUAAUUCAAUAAAAGAAUUUAUUAGGAAAAAAUAAGAACAGAGCAAAGGAUGA